AGCUGCGGGCGGGCGGACCCCCUCAGCGAGGCGGCGCGGGGCUCCUCGGCGGCGGCGAAGGCGGCGAAGGCGGCGGAGGAGGCCUCUCUGGCUCCCGGAGGCGGCGCGGCGGCGGCGGCGGCCCUCCCCCCUGUGUUCCCCCGCCCCGCCCCGCGGGGUUGAUGUGGCUGCGCUGGGGGAGGAUGAACGGAGGAUAAAUGGUGCCCAAGGCGGACAGCGGCACCUUCCUCCUCCUCUUCCUCCUCGUGCUCAGCAUCACCGAGCCGUUGCGGCCAGAGUUGCGCUGCAUCCCAGGGCAGUUCACUUGCCGCAGUGGUUCAAUCCAGUGCAUCCCCUCCAAGUGGCAGUGCGAUGGGUGGCCCACCUGUGAGGAUGAAAGCGAUGAAGUUGGCUGCCCAAAUUAUACAGGGGACCAACGAAUUUAUCACGGGAAGGAGAAUGUGGAUUCCAGGCACAGCCGUGGAAGAGGAGGGGACACGACUCGCUUCCAUACCAUCAACAUGGCACAGCCGGUUCGAUUUAGUAGGAAGUGUCCAUCAGGGUGGCACCACUACGAGGGUACUGCCAGUUGCUACAGGGUGUACUUAAAUGGAGAGAACUACUGGGAUGCUGUGCAAACAUGUCAGAAGGUGAAUGGUUCCCUGGCCACCUUUACCACUGACCAGGAGCUGAAAUUCAUUCUUCAGCAAGAGUGGGACUCCGAAGAGAAGGCCUUUGGGAGGAAAGAUCAACGCCGGUUCUGGGUUGGAUAUCAGUUUGUCGUCACCAACCGGAAUAACUCUCUUGAAGGCCACUGGGAGGUCGCUUAUAAAGGCUCGUCAGAAGUAUUUUUGCCCCCUAACCCUACAUUUAGUACAUCUCUGUCUGAAAAUGAAAACAUCCUUUGUGCCCAAUUUCAAUGCUCCCAUUUCCCAAUUCUCCGGCACCAUGGUUUUCACAGCUGGUAUGCUGAAAACUGCUAUGAAAAAUCGUCCUUCCUCUGCAAGAGAAGCCAGACCUGUGUGGAUAUUAAAGAUAAUAUUGUCGACGAAGGCUACAACUUCACCCCCAAAGGGGACGACCCCUGCUUAAGUUGCACGUGUCACAACGGCGAGCCAGAGAUGUGCGUGGCAGCACUGUGCGAGCGGCCGCAGGGCUGUCAGCAUUAUCUCAAGGACCCCAAGGAGUGCUGCAAAUUUACCUGUUCCGAUCCUGACGGCAACAGCCUGUUUGACUCCAUGGCCAGCGGAAUGCGUCUCAUCGUCAGCUGCGUCUCUUCUUUCCUCAUUUUGUCUCUCCUGCUGUUCAUGGUCCAUCGGCUGCGACAGAGACGCCGGGAGCGCAUCGAAUCCUUGAUUGGAGCAAACCUGCACCACUUCAACCUGGGCCGCAGGAUGCCUGGUUUUGAUUAUGGUCCAGGUGGCUUUGGAACGGGACUCACUCCUCUGCAUCUUUCUGAUGAUGGUGAAGGUGGAGCGUUCCACUUCCAUGACCCGCCUCCACCCUACACAGCUUACAAAUACCCAGAUAUUCAACAUCCAGAUGACCCACCACCACCUUACGAAGCUUCCAUCAACCCAGACAACGUCCUUUGUUCUCCAGAUGGGGUCCAUUCCCAGAUGGGGCCAAACGCUCAGCUGUCACUAGGAAAUGCCGACACGUCUCUGCCGCUCCCUGAUGAAUCUCUUCCUCCUUCAGUUGGCCCAUCCCCGAUGGAGCUUGAGAGCUCAGCUGACAGCAGCACCCUUCUCGUCCUACCAGACACCCCUUUAAGUGAAAGCACACUUUCGGAGAACCUUGCCGGCGGCCGUCACAGUCACUGUUCUCUUAAUACCAUUGUAUAAAGGAAACAAAAUCAAAACGAAAGACCCCUUCCUGCCGGCCAGAAAUAAACGUCGAGCGACUCUUUGCACAGCAGAUGUACAAGUGGAUGCUUAAUUCACGGACUGAAGUUCAGAAAUAAACUCUGUGUCUUGCUUUCCGAAUUCUCCUUUUAGCUGAACCUCGAACCUGUUGGCUGGGGCAGUCCUUUCCCAUUCCUGCGUUGCCCUCUUCAAAAGAAGAAGAACCAAGUUGUGAAAACGGUGUGUUUUUUUUUUUCUUCCCCCUAUUGGCAGUGGAAAAAGAGCAGAAGAUGUUGAGUUUUUAAUUUUUUUUUUAAAAAAAGGAGGAAAAUUAUGGAGAGAUUUUGGGGAGGGGCUGGAGAAAGGGGAUCAUUCUUUUCCUCACCUUGUAAAUCGUGGAAGGGAAGGACCACACGAUGAACUUUACAUGCAGAAGCUUCUUGGAUGCCAGGGCUUUAGGAUCUGCGAGAAACAGAUUCUGAAAGAAAUGGAAGAGUGUGUGGCUGAUCACUUUGGAUCUCCUGCGUUACCAGUCUUGGUUUGGCUAACCUUCACGUACAGAAGACUAGACUUCGGGCUGUUGGGUAUCUGAACAGCUUGCAGAACCCUCGUCAUUUGAAACCUGAGCCCAAGGAGAAAGAGACAGGCAGUGGGGCCCAUAAAGUCUUCAUCUUCAUGUGGCUUCCACCCCUGGUUGGAAAGAAGGACUAUAUGGGUUUAUUGAAUACUUGUUUGUUUCCCGGAAGUAGGCACUAAGGUCCAAAUCAACAAUCUGCUCGCUUCGCCAUAAGACGUUUGAUAUUCAACUGGGUCAUUUUAACUCAGUGACUUGUAAAUGAGCUCCCCCCCCCUUCUCUCUUCAUUAUUAAUUGGGGUAUUGACUUUUGAGACUGAGACGGUGUGGGGGUACCAAAUUUCCAAGAAAAAAAGAUGCGAUUGGACCAGUCAGUCCACGUUUGAUUUGCUCUUUCCCUGUUAAUUUGCUUUUCAUUCUCAGUCGUUAGAUUUCAUGUUUUCUUUAUACUGCAGGAUUCAUUUGACGCUUUAUGUUGUUGUUAUAACAGGAGACAGCAAAGAUUAGAAAACAGAUCAUACAGAAUCUUGGUUUCCUCACAAACCUUAGCAAAAGCUGUCCUGUUGUUCAUUAUGACCUAUCUGGAGUUUGGAAUUUGACCCGCUUGGAGAUGCGUGAAGCCAGAAACCCUCAGUAAUAUUCCAGCUGGAGUCUCUGAGAGGGGCAUCUCCAAUUUGAAAGGUCAAGGGAUCUGUCCCCUAGAACAUCCACUCACCCUUCCCACUGAGAGAUCUCGGUGAGAACUUGUAAAUACUGAGUUGAUUUCAAAUGUAGCCAAGCAGACCUAUCGCUAGCCUCUUGCCUCCUGAGUAGGCUGCCCAGAUUUAGUUAGCAGAGACUUGACUUCCAAUCCUUCAUUUGUGUGUUCCUGUUGCCUUAUGAAAGGCAAGGAGGAGGUCUAGAGGGACAGGAGAGACACAUGCAACAUAUGGUUCAGUGCUUAACGUGUCAGGGUGCCUUCUCAUUUCAACUGAACCUUUUCCUCACCCUUCUUUUGCAUUUGGUAUCUUUCCUGAUGUAAUACUGAUGGUGGGUUGGCUUUUCGGCCAAUUCCAUGAGUGUGUCCACUGUGCAGGCCAUUUUACAAGAGGGUUCUAGCUUGGUAAAUAACACUCGCAGAUUUCCUUGCAGAAAAUCCCAGACUUAAUCUUCCACAUGUCCAGGGAUUGCUUGGGAAGACUCCAGCUGAAAAUCUUGGAAAGUGGUCGCCCAUCAGCGUAGACCACAGUGAUCUUGACUUGACUCGGUAGAAAGCCAACCCAAUUGCUCUUAUGGUGGGUGGUACUUGCUUGCAAACAAUCAUGAAUCCAUUAGAAUUUCAUUUUACGGUACAACAAUCACGUUGCUAGGCAGUUGCAUCUAGACAAUACUUUCCCUCGGAAGUUGUGGUAGGUACAGCUUAGGUAGAACUGCACAGCUCCCCUUUACUGACCUCACAGGCUUUCUUUGAUCUUGCCCCAUGGGAUAUGGAAGUUUGAUUGAAAAAUGGUUCUCCUCACCAACCUCAGAGACACUAAGAAGCUACUAAGUGGCCAACACUUUCCCAGCCAUUUUGCCCAGAGGCCCGGAAUGAGCCAGAGACUUAAAUCUCUCUUUGGAUGAGCGUGGAAAUUGCCACGUGACACUGGAGGAAAACCAGCCCUGUGGAUUCUUCUCUCUCCCACUCCUACUCCCGUCCCGUUUCCUGGCUGUCUCAAACUGGUAGCAAAGGCAGAAUUCUCUCUUCUUCCCAAAGUCUGUGGUCAGAAUUGUGGAUCCAGGGCAGAUACUGAGCAUUUCUGAAGUAUGAAAAAAAUAAAAUAAAAAGCGGGUUAUGUGCGUUUUUAGCACACUCAUCAGUUUUAUACAUUGUACGUACUGACUUCUUUCCUUGGUUUUAUAUGUGUAAGUGUGAGUGGGCUUGGGUGAGAGUUUGUGAUCUUGAGCAAAGCACAAGAGCAACACAAGAUUGGAAGCUGAGGCCCAGGCAGCAAGUCCGUGCAAGAUGAUGAGAGUGUAGGAAGAAACAGGCAGAUCCAGAGCUAGUGGUACCAUUUAGUUUUGAAACUGCAAAAUCCUUACAUUUUUUUUUUUUGUUGAAAAAUUCCCUUCCCUGAAAUCAAGAGUUUUGCACCAGAUUAUUCUUUGGUUCAUCACCACUCCUACACCACUUAGAUGUGAGUGCUGAUGGCUCCCUUAAAUUUUCCAUGUUGAAAUAAAAUUUAAAAAUGCUUACUGGAUGGUUGGGAUACAGUUCCCACCACACUCAGCCAAUUUGCUGAAUCUCUCUCGUGGCAGUCGAUUGCUAUUUCUUACCAUAAAGCAGAUUUUUGCUCCCAGGGCUGGGAAGGCCAUUUUCCAUCUUACAAACUUUGUUUGACACGUCCUUCGGUUUUUGCUGUCAGUUUCUUAGAGAAGAUGUUUCUCCGUGGGUGUGAUUCUUUUUUUUUUUUUUGCUUUUUAUUGGGGAGUACACAGCAUAGAGGUCAGGAUUCCCUCCUCAUAAGACCUGGAUGUUUUGCCUGAAUGUGUCUUUUGGAAAAAAAAAUGCUCCAUUGAAUCCAAUUCUUGGUUUGUUUUUAUUCUCAAGUGGUACAGAUAUCCUAAUAAACAAGGGAUAGAGUUAUGGUACGGAGGUUGGAGGGCUGAGGUUAAAAUCCACUGCAUUUCGAUGAGGCUGGUACAGGUGGAGAGGAAGAAGGACCAUAUUGUCAACUUUCAGGUAUCGGGAGAAAUGACAUGAACUAAAAAGUCAUGGUUUGGUGAGAAACCACUGCUUGCCCAUUCAGUUGCUCCACUGCCCAUUAUUUUGAUUUCUCACAAAAACAAACCAGCUUGUUCAAGGCUGUAACGGGAAAGGUAGAACUGGAAAAAUCUAGGGAGCUGUUACCAUUUGCGGUCAGGCAAACAGAUCUCUACAGGCCAACAUUUGGACUCAAUGUAAGGCACAUUCCGAUGUUCACAGCUCUUUUAUAGCUACAUCUUAAUUUGAAAAUUGGAUGCCCAACUUUCUGAAUGCUUGGGAAGUGUGAAGGAUGUGCGUGUGCGCGUGAGCGUGGCAAUAAAUGAGUCACUGCUUUUUAUUUUCUUUCGGAAGACAUUUUUGGCCCUAGCCGAAUUUGCCAGGUUAUCAUGAUGUUGGUUUGUGGCUGAACUGAACUGUGGCCCGUGUGUGUAAACAUAAGAGGAAAAAAAGUUUUGAUAUUUCAUGGAAUAGUAUGUAGAAAUGAAAUUUGAUACUGUAACAAGUUGGUCCCUGUGACAUUUUAUGUUCUAAUAUUUUGAUUUUUUAAAAAAAAUUAUUUUGGGGAAGUGGUGGAGAAGGGUGGGUUGGGGUACUAAUCUUUUUUCUCAAGAUGCUGUGAGAGACAUUCCAUCUAGAUGCCAAAUAAAUUGUGUUUUGUUGAGAGGAACCUA